AUGCGCCGGCUAUCCCCCUUGCUACGGCAGCCUUUGCUUCCUCGAACCCCUCCCAGCGGUGCCCGGCUGGCCGGCUGGCCCUCGAUCAGAGCGCAAUGGCUCUCAUCCACCUCGUCGCGGCCCUGUUCGUGCUCUGAUCCGCAGCCCGACCGGCCUCAAGCACAGUCCUCGACCCCGGCCGACUAUCGCGCAUUGGGAGCCUCCCAGGACCUUUUUACAACAUCAGUGUACAGCCCCGGAUCACCCCUCUUCCUCCCCAAUGGCACACAUAUCGUCAACAAACUCAUCACUUUCCUCCGCACACAGUACCUCCAAUACGGGUUCCGCGAAGUCCUGACUCCGACUAUCUACAAACGUCCUCUCUGGGAGGUCUCUGGCCAUUGGCAGAACUACAAGGAUGACAUGUACGAGGUGCGCGGGAGAGGGGCCUCUGGGGACACGGAGGGCGAGAUGGGCGAGGAUGAGUCGUACGGCCUGAAGCCGAUGAACUGCCCCGGGCACUGUUUGCUUUUCAAAUCGCAGACUCAUUCCUACCGGGAGCUUCCCAUCCGUUACGCCGACUUCAGCCCUCUCCAUCGGAACGAGGUCUCUGGCUCGUUGAGCGGACUCACCCGUGUUCGCCGGUUCCACCAGGACGAUGGCCACAUCUUCUGUCGGCCUCAGCAGAUCAAGGGGGAGAUCGCCUCUGCGCUUGGGUUCGUGGAUCUGGUCAUGUCGACUUUUGGGCUAGGACCGUACCGCCUGGUUCUCUCUACGAGGCCCGAGAAGGACUUUAUUGGGAGUCUGGAACUGUGGAAUAGCGCCGAAACCCAGCUGCGGGAGGCGCUCGACAACACUGGGCGCGAGUGGGCUAUGAACGAGGGCGAUGGCGCAUUCUACGGCCCGAAGAUCGACAUCCAACUCCAGGACCAGGCCGGCAAAUAUCAUCAACUGUCUACCAUCCAGCUCGACAUGAAUCUGCCCCAGCGAUUUGGGCUGGAAUACCAGGUCGCGGAAGGCGAGGAGGAUUACAACCCUGAGACCCCGGGCAAGGCUACACCGGUGAUGAUCCACCGGGCCAAUUUCGGCUCUUUGGAGCGGUUCCUCGCGUUGCUCAUCGAACAGUAUGCCGGUCGCUGGCCGUUCUGGCUGUCUCCUCGCCAAGGCAUUGUCCUCACGGUCAACCAAGACGAGGCCGUCGUGCAGCAGGCACACGAAGCCGCCGCGAAGAUUUCCGGGUUCCGCGCUCUGCAGCCGGGGCAGACUGAGGCUGCUCCUCAGCCUCUCUCAUCCGUUGACUCGACGUUCUUGAUCGACGUGGACACCAGUAGUCAGUCACUGAGCAAGAAGAUCCAACGGGCAAAGCAGAUGAAGUACAACCUCAUUUUCAUCCUGGGCCCCAAGGAUGUGGCCGCGUCCCGCAUCACGGUGGAUAUUACUGGCCAACUGCAGAGCCAACCGGAGCGCAAUGUGCCGAAGCUGCAAGAGCUCCUGACCCAGCGGCUGGGGGACCAGGCGCUGAAGAACCCCCGGGCGGUGCCGUUGCCGGUGGAUGAUGUGCAUGACCUGCUGGUUCAGUUAGAGAGGCGAUUUGUAUGAUAUUGUAUGAUAAUAUGUUAAUAGCUGUAGCGGCAAGUCUCGU